GGUCCCCGUUGUGUGUGCUCCAGCCCCCACCCGUCAGGGGCCACGUUCUGUCGUGUUCCAUCUGGGACUCAGCAGUGAGAGGGCCGCGUCCCGUGCCCCCACUUACUAAGGCUUCAUUCCAGGGGACCCCCUCAGCGAUCUCCCCAGAUCAUCUCUUCCUGAUCAGCGUCCUUGGCCUUCCAUGCCUCCCUGCCCCCCACCUGUGCCUCUCCAGCCUGCCUGGGCUGCCGCCCAGCUGCCUGCCUGGCCGUCCUCCCUGGCUCCCCCUCUGCGGCGCUGCUGGCCACACCCCCUGCCCCCUCCAUCCAGGCCUCUGAUCCGCCUGUGGACUCAGAGGUCGCGGGUGCCCGGCACAGGCCCCUGGGCUGAGGACGGACCGCAGCCCCCGGGCCCCAGAGGCCUCCCCCAGCCUGAGCAGCGGAGCCCCCCCAGGGCAUGGGGGUGGGCAGCCCCCCCAGGUACGUGCCCACUCCCUCCUGCUGCCGCCCCCACCCUCCCCCCUCGGCCCAGCACCUGUCUCCCCAACGCUGUCCUCACUGUGGCCCCCUCGGGGAGCCGCUGAGCCCCAGGUUUGCUCCCUGUAGCUCUGCCCACCCAUGCUGGGGACCCUGCCUGUGCUCACUGCACCCGACCCCUCUGGCUUCUGCUCCUCGCCCCAUGGCUUCCACCUCCUGAGGCGAGGUCUCCACUUCCCGCCCUCGGCCCCCUUUGGUCUCUGCUCCCCAAUUCAGGUCCUCCCCCUCCCCCCGCCCCUGCCCUGCUCUUCCUGCCAGUUUCUCUUCCUCAGGCUCCCUCCCAACGCCCGCCUCUCCCUGCCCGACUCUGGGCCUGCUCUGUCUGCAGCCUCUGCCCCACCCCUCCUCCCCACUCUGCUCCCACUCGCUGUGGGGACCCCAGUUGUGGGGGAGGGGAGUGGGGGAUGCCCCCGCCUCAGAGAAGAGCAUGGAGCCUCUGCGGGGGGAGGGGCGGGGCCUCUUGGCUGCAGAUUAGACAGUGACUUUGACACGGAGUUGAAGCACCUUAAGCCCUGUGUCUCCUUUAUAUGGAAACCUUAAGCUGCUCUCGCAGGUCAGCUGCAGGGGGUGGGGCCCUCGAGCUUGGGAUCCCGCUGGCUCCCGUCCUACCUUGUUCCGAAUCUGGGAGCCGGGCCGCGUUGGGCACCCAGAGGCCCCCGCAGGUGCAGCGUCCGGUGGCUUUGUGAGGUGAACACAGGUCGGCCUCACGGGCUGAGGAGGGCCAGGCCUGGCCACAGACCCCUCCAAGCCUGCGCCUGGCCUGUGAGAUGGGGUGAGGACCUUGACCUCCUGAGCAGUCGAGGUGAGCCUAGGGGUCUGGUGGACCCAGUGGGGGGCUGCGAACACUCCCUGAGCCCUUUGGGGGGCCUGUGUGUAGUAGGUACUCGGCACCCGGGCCCUGAGGCAGCCUCACCUCAGAACCUCCAUUUGCUUUUCUGUGCACAGCAAGGGUUGCAGCUAGCUGUUAGCAGUGGGGAGUGGGUGGGAGGCUGGCCUGGGGCAGGGUGGGGCCUGUCAGCGCCCUAGCGUGUUGGCUCAUGAGGGGGGCACUUCCCAGGAGGCAAGGGGUUGCAUGCUGACCCCACCGUUGCCCCUCCCUAAGAACACGCUCUGGCAUCCCGAGCUGUGGGAGGUGGAGAGGUCGCAGCUGGGUAUAAGGUAGGCGCUGGCACAGCCCAGCCCGGGGCGCUCUGACCUGAGCCUCCAUUUCACCCCCAUCAGGUGGGCCUAAGCCCCCACUCGGUGGCUGUGGAGACCAGACCCAGAGGUGCACAGCUCCUUCCGGGCACCCCGUGGGUGCUGACCUCAAUGUCGGUCAGCGGUCCUCAGGUGGAGGGCCCAGGCGGAUCCCCGACCCUGGUACAGCAGGCACAGUCCAAGCACACAGGGGCUGGGCCAACGCCGAUGGAGUCGGCAGUUCACCAGAUUCCUCUGGCCUUAGCCCAGCCAGCCCUGAAAGGUGCCUCCCACCAUGGCGCCGGGUGUCACCCCUGCAGCAGCUGAGGGGUGGCGAGGCCUGCGGGUCCACGCCCGUCGGGCUGCUGGGGUUGGUUCCGCUUCCCAGAUGAGAGAACUGAGGCUCGGAGAGGGCUGUGAGCUGCUCGGAGGAGGCCGCCCUGGAAUCGCCUGCAGCCCAUUCCCUUCCUUCCAGAUCUCUCUUUUCGAUUGGAAAGUUAUAUCCCCAUUCCACAGAUCAGUAAACCAAGGCUCUGGACGAGGAUGCUGGGGAUCCCAGGGCACGUGGUGUCAGCAACUGAGCUAGGUUCCGUGAAACAGGCUCAGGAGCUGUCUGAGGUAGAGGGUCAGGGCUGAACCUUGUUAAGAGUGAGAGAAGAGGCAGAGGCAGACAGAGAGGUCUCCCAUCCGCUGGUUCACGCCCCAAAUGACCGCGACGGCCAGGGCUGGGCCAUAUUCUGUCCUAUCCCUUGAGGAGGCCGGGCCGGGGCUGUGCCGCAACGGCUGGGCGCCGGCGCAGUCGCCGGUGGGCCGGCGGCGCGGGCGCUUCGUCAAGAAAGACGGGCACUGCAACGUGCGCUUCGUGAACCUGGGCGGCCAGGGCGCGCGCUACCUGAGCGACCUGUUCACCACGUGCGUGGACGUGCGCUGGCGCUGGAUGUGCCUGCUCUUCUCCUGCUCCUUCCUCGCCUCCUGGCUGCUCUUCGGCCUGGCCUUCUGGCUCAUCGCCUCGCUGCACGGCGACCUGGCCGCGCCGCCGCCGCCCGCGCCCUGCUUCUCGCAGGUGGCCAGCUUCCUGGCCGCCUUCCUCUUCGCGCUGGAGACUCAGACGUCCAUCGGCUACGGCGUGCGCAGCGUCACCGAGGAGUGCCCGGCCGCCGUGGCCGCCGUGGUGCUGCAGUGCAUCGCCGGCUGCGUGCUCGACGCCUUCGUCGUGGGCGCCGUCAUGGCCAAGAUGGCCAAGCCCAAGAAGCGCAACGAGACGCUCGUCUUCAGCGAGAACGCCGUCGUGGCGCUGCGCGACCGCCGCCUCUGCCUCAUGUGGCGCGUCGGCAACCUGCGCCGCAGCCACCUGGUCGAGGCCCACGUGCGGGCCCAGCUGCUGCAGCCCCGCGUGACCCCGGAGGGGGAGUACAUCCCGCUCGACCACCAGGACGUGGACGUGGGCUUUGACGGAGGCACCGACCGCAUCUUCCUGGUGUCUCCCAUCACCAUCGUGCACGAGAUCGACUCCGCCAGCCCGCUGUACGAGCUGGGACGCGCCGAGCUGGCCCGGGCCGACUUUGAGCUCGUGGUCAUCCUCGAGGGCAUGGUGGAGGCCACGGCCAUGACCACGCAGUGUCGCUCGUCGUACCUCCCUGGCGAGCUGCUCUGGGGCCACCGUUUUGAGCCGGUCCUCUUCCAGCGUGGCUCCCAGUACGAAGUCGACUAUCGCCACUUCCACCGCACCUACGAGGUCCCGGGGACGCCUGUGUGCAGCGCCAAGGAGCUGGACGAGCGGGCGGAGCAGGCUUCCCACAGCCCCAAGUCCAGCUUCCCCGGCUCCCUGGCUGCGUUCUGUUACGAGAAUGAACUUGCUCUGAGCUGCUGCCAGGAAGAAGAGGAGGAAGAGGAGCCCAAGGAAGGGAGUGAGGCAGAGCAAGAAGAAGGGGCUGCCAGCCCCCGGGUUCUCACUCCGACCCUGGCGCUGACCCUGCCCCCGUGACGCAAGCCAACAUCCCCUUUCCACUGGUGCCCCCUUUCCGUGGGGGAGCAAGAUGGAGAGCUCAGCCUGCAUCGGGGGUGGGGCAGCCGUUUCCCGAGGCCCACAGGCCUGCUGGGUAAACCGUUAGCUUGUGAGCGUCUGCCAUGGCCGGUGGACCGGACCCACCACACACUGUCUGGACCUUAGCUCCUCUGCUUCUGCGCUCCUCCCUGAACCCCCUUAAGAGCCCGAUUCCUGAGUCUCACCAGAGCUGCGGCUCCAGAGUUCUGGAGCGCCCAAGAGCCAAGGAGAUGGUGGUUCUAGAUGGAUCUGCCUGGCUGGGUCUGGGCUGUUGAGCAGAGCUAGGGGUCGGUGGUGUAGGGCAGGCUGCGUGUGGAGAAGGAAGUUGGCAGUUCCGAGCAGCAGCGGGUCACGGGUUGCUAGGUGUGGCUUUGACCUGAGCUGCAAGGGGCUGUUGGCUUCCGACUCAGCCAACUGAGCAGCGGAUCACUUGUUCUAGACCUCCGAAGGGGAGAAGGUUGUGGAAUGCUGCACGGCUGAGACGGACGCAGAACCAAGAGUGGCGACGGAGCCAAGAAAGGAAGGAAAAACCAAACUGUGGUUUCAGAGCGCCCAAGAGUUGAUUCCUUGAGUCUAGGUUGGCUACCAAGGCAGGCACUGGCUUGGCCUAGAGGACCGAACUCCAGACACUUAGCUUUCUAGGAUGCACAGCACAAGGACGAGUCUGUGGGUCUAGAGGGACGAAGUGACCGACGCCCAGGGGACGAGCGAUGCUUCCAGGGAACCCGCAGGGUGGUUUUUAUUUUUUAAAGUGCCAUUCUAGAACGUCCAAAGGAACUUGGAUUCUGCAGCUCUGGACUGAUCACGGCGGGGGGGUGGGGGGACAGUUCCCGGUUUCCGUGACUUGCCGGUCACCGGCUUCCCAGUGGAACUGCGACUCUCGAGGGUUCUAGGUGACUUCCUGUGGUUCUGUCAUGCCAAAAGGAAUGAGGCUCCAGAGAUCCAGGGAUGGCCACCCCCGAGGCCUGGACGCGCUCCCCGCCUCCACGUGGGCUGCUCGGCCGCUCCGGGAGGGGGACUCGGGCUUGCUGAGCACGGCUUCUGAGCGGACCUAGCAGGUGAGGGCUCAGGUGAGACCCUGUCGGUCACAGGGCUCCUUAGUGGGCAAGGGAGGGGGAAGGGCUGAGACUGGUGAGUCUAGAAUGCUCUGGAAUCCUACACCUAGUGAUGCGUGUCUAUUUCUC